AUGGCUAGCGACUCUGUUACUACUACCGGCCCCCCUGUCGUCCCUAGACGCCAUCCUGAUCUGCCGCCGCACGUUGUCGACCGAGUCGCUCGGGAGAGCCCGGAUGCCGUUUACGGACUGUGGCCAAUAGAGCCAACUUCAUACCAAGCCGGCUUUCGCACCAUCACCUAUGCCCAACUCGCCAAUGUUGUCAACGGUUUAGCUUGGUGGCUGGAAGAACACCUUGGGCCGGGACGUGCAAGCCAGAUAUUGACUUAUGUCGGUCCUAGCGAUCUUAGGGUCUCGGCGCUCGUCUUGGCGGCCAUAAAGGCCGGAUAUGGGCUCUUUUUGACCUCGCCGCGCAACAGUCCCGCAGCUCACGGAUCGCUAUUUGCAGAUCUUGACUGCAAAACACUCAUCACCUCGGAGCCCACGCCAGCCGCCGCCAUCCCCAUCCUCGAGGCCGUCCAGCCGAAUCAUUUACAGGUCCCCAGCGUCGAUGCCUUGCUCAGCAAGGUUCAUCCCAAAUAUGUCUACGCAAAGACAUGGCAAAAGGGUCUCGCCGACCCGAUGAUGUGCAUACACACGUCAGGCUCGACAGGAGUACCGAAACCGUUGAUAUGGACCCAGGAAACGAUACUCAAGCAAUGGAAUAGCGCCGGAAGCCCGGCCCCAGAGGGCAGUCAAUCACUCGAGCACCUAUACCUGGGCAAGCGGGUUAUGGUGACACCACCGCCUUUUCAUGGUGCUGGCCUCGGGCAAUUCUUCUUCUACGCCAUUCCCUUUGGCAACGUCGUCAUUGCCCCGGCGGCGGAAGCCAUCGUGACCGCGCAGGGUCUGGUAGACGCGCUGAAGGAGACCCCCGCCGACGUGGCCCUGCUCGUACCCUCGGUGGUGGCCGAGCUGGCCCAGAGCCCGGCGCUGCUCGACUACUGCUCCCAGCACCUCGAGCUCAUUGUCUACAUUGGCGGCGAUCUGCCGCAGGCCAUUGGCAAUGUCGUGGCCGCAAAGGUGCCGCUCCGCUGCCAGUGGGGAGCCUCCGAGGUGGGCAUGCCGCAGCAGCUGAUUCCGGCCGAGCUGGACCCCAAGACGGACUGGCGAUACAUCCGCUUCCACCCCUGCGCCGGGGCCGUCUUUGAAGAGGUCGCGGACGGUCUUUUUGAGCUGGUGAUUCGCCGCGAUCCGGCGCUCGCCAGUGCGCAGACGACGUUUACUAUUCGCGGCAAGGACCUCGAGCAUCUCGACAGCUACCGAACAAAGGACCUCUUUGUGCCUCACCCCACGGUCGCCGACGCUUGGUCGUGGAAGGCCCGGGCCGACGAUAUCAUUGUCUUUUUGAAUGGCGAAAAGACAAACCCGGUCACGAUGGAGCAGCACGUCGUGGCUGCGAACCCCGAGCUGAGUGGCGCGCUCGUGAUUGGAGCUCAACGCUUCCAAGCUGCUCUCUUGGUCGAGCCCACCACGCCAUGUCCGACUACCGCUGAGCAGGCUGCCCUCGUUGAGCGCGUAUGGCCCAGCGUGCAAGAGGCCAACCGUGUCACGCCUGCGCAUGCUCGGGUCGAAAAGUCACUCAUCUUUGUCACGGCGCGGGACCGACCUUUGAUUCGUGCCGGCAAAGGGACAAUCCAGAGGGCUGCUAGUCUAGGACUGUACGCUGCCGAUAUUGAUAGGAUAUACCAAGAAGCAGAGGAUGACCAGAGCACCGAUGUGGAAGAGACAGUCGCUUUAGACAAUGCCGAAUCAGUCGCGCAAAAGAUUCGCGACAGUGUUAAUAGCACCACUAGCUGGUCCGUUGAGGACGAUUCGACCAGUUUCUUUGAACAGGGCAUGGACUCGUUGCAGGCAUUACAACUGACGCGAGCUCUCCGGCGAACACUACGCCGACCCGAUCUUGGUCUGUCCACAAUCUACCAGAAUCCCACGGUCUCUCUCCUGACGGCAGCUGUCAUGUCGGUGCAGAGUGAGCGUCAAAGCGACCGAGACUUGAUGGAGCCUCUGCUCGCCACCUACACUGAUCAGAUCCGCCAGAUCCCCAGGCACGCAAGUGGUGCUGGGCUACCACCAAGCCGGAAAACCGGAACAGACAUUGUCCUGACUGGGUCCACGGGCACGCUAGGGACCUAUAUCCUAAACGCCCUGCUUCGCCGCCAGGAUAUCGGGCACAUUUACUGUCUCAACCGGGCCCCGGACGGAGGCCGAGCAGCGCAAGAGGACCGCUUCCAAGCCAGCCAGCUAUCGGCCGCCGCCUGGGCAGACCGCGUCACCUUUUUGCACGCCGACCUGGCGCAGCCCCAGCUGGGACUCGGCGAGACCACGUACGACACCCUGCGCGCCCGCGUCGGCCUCGUCAUUCAUAAUGCCUGGCCCGUCAAUUUCAACCUGAACCUCGCGGCCUUUCGACCUCAGCUUGCGGGCGUGGUGAACCUCUUUGCGCUGGCGGCGGCGGCGGCGGCGGCGGCCAAGCACGUCCACGUCGUCUUCAUCUCGACCGUCGGCGCCGUGGCUGCCCGGCCCGCGGACGCCGGACCUGCCCCCGAGCAUAUCCCCGAGUCCCUGGAUGCGCCCGUGCCCAACGGCUACGGUCGGUCCAAAUUGCUGUCCGAAAAGCUGUGCGAGGCCGCGGCCCAGCACCUCUCGGGCCACGAUCACGAUGAUCACGGCAUCGUCACCACCAGCAUCGCUCGUGUCGGCCAGGUCUCGGGCGCUGCCGACGUGCCGGGCCUGUGGAGCCCUAGGGAGUGGUUCCCCAGCUUGAUCAUGAGUUCGGUUCAUCUCGGCUGUGUGCCCGACCACCUGGGCGUCUUUUCUGAUAUUGACUGGAUGCCGUCGGACCUUCUCUCCAAUGUUGUCGCGGACAUUGCGACGCGGAACCUGCGAGACGGUGAUGAAACCGGCAGCGGCGGCAGCAGCAGCGGCGCCGACUCCGCUGUAGUGUUCAACUUGCGAAAUCCCAGGACCACGACCUGGGAAGCGCUCAUCCCCAUUGUCAAGGACGUGGCCAGGGAGCGGUGCGGGCGGGAGCUCGCAGUGGUCUCGCCCACCGAGUGGCUCGAGCGGCUGCAAAAGAGUGCCAACGAGGAAGACGAGUCCGCCGCUUCCGUGGCUGCCAACCCGGCCGUUAAGCUGCUGAGCUUCUACCGAGAAGGGCUGUGGGCCGGUGGAGCGGCAAUGCAUCCCAUGUCCGUCAAAGAUGCCGUCCGCGCCAGUCCGGCCCUCCGCGAUAUGCCGCCUGUUCAGCCCCAGUGGAUGCGCAAGUGGUUCGAAGAGUGGCUGUCGGUUGUAUCGGGGCAUUAG